AGUGGCAGUAAAGGAGGAAGAUGGCGGGGUGCAGGGGGUCCCUGUGCUGCUGCUGCAGGUGGUGCUGCUGCUGCGGUGAGCGUGAGACCCGCACCCCCGAGGAACUGACUAUCCUUGGAGAAACACAUGAAGAGGAGGAUGAGAUCCUUCCAAGGAAAGACUAUGAGAGUUUGGAUUAUGACCGCUGUAUCAAUGACCCUUACCUUGAAGUUUUGGAGACCAUGGAUAAUAAGAAAGGUCGAAGGUACGAGGCGGUGAAGUGGAUGAUGGUGUUCGCCAUUGGAGUCUGCACUGGCCUGGUCGGGCUCUUUGUGGACUUUUUUGUGCGACUCUUCACCCAGCUCAAGUUUGGAGUGGUGCAGACGUCGGUGGAGGAGUGCAGCCAGAAAGGCUGCCUUGCCUUGUCUGUCCUUGAACUCCUGGGGUUCAACUUGACCUUCGUCUUCUUGGCAAGCCUUCUUGUCCUCAUUGAGCCAGUGGCAGCAGGUUCCGGGAUCCCCGAGAUCAAAUGCUACCUGAAUGGCGUGAAGGUGCCUGGAAUCGUCCGCCUGCGGACCCUGCUCUGCAAGGCCUUUGGAGUGCUGUUCAGCGUGGCUGGAGGACUCUUUGUGGGGAAGGAAGGCCCCAUGAUCCACAGUGGUGCGGUGGUGGGCGCUGGCCUCCCUCAGUUUCAGAGCGUCUCCUUACGGAAGAUCCAGUUUAACUUCCCCUAUUUCCGAAGCGACAGAGACAAGCGAGACUUUGUGUCAGCCGGGGCAGCUGCUGGAGUUGCUGCAGCUUUCGGGGCCCCGAUUGGGGGUACCUUGUUCAGUCUGGAAGAGGGCUCAUCCUUCUGGAACCAAGGGCUCACCUGGAAAGUGCUCUUUUGUUCCAUGUCUGCCACCUUUACCCUCAACUUCUUCCGUUCUGGGAUUCAGUUUGGAAGCUGGGGCUCCUUCCAACUCCCUGGACUGCUGAACUUCGGCGAGUUUAAGUGCUCUGACUCUGAUAAAAAAUGUCAUCUCUGGACAGCUAUGGAUUUGGGUUUCUUCGUCGUGAUGGGGGUCAUUGGGGGCCUCCUGGGAGCCACAUUCAACUGUCUGAACAAGAGGCUUGCAAAGUACCGGAUGCGAAACGUGCACCCGAAACCUAAGCUCGUCAGGGUCUUAGAGAGCCUCUUGGUGUCUCUGGUGACCACCGUGGUGGUGUUUGUGGCCUCAAUGGUGUUAGGAGAAUGCCGACAGAUGUCUUCUUCGAGUCAAAUUGGUAAUGACUCAUUCCAGCUCCAGGUAACCCCAGUCGCAUCAGAAGAUGUGAAUUCAAGUAUCAAGACCUUUUUUUGUCCCAACGAUACCUACAACGACAUGGCCACACUCUUCUUCAACCCCCAGGAGUCCGCCAUCCUGCAGCUCUUCCACCAAGACGGGACUUUCAGCCCCAUCACCCUGGCCUUGUUCUUCAUCCUCUAUUUCCUGCUUGCGUGUUGGACAUAUGGCACUUCUGUUCCAAGUGGCCUUUUUGUGCCCUCUCUGCUGUGUGGAGCUGCCUUUGGACGUUUAGUUGCCAAUGUCCUGAAAAGCUACAUUGGACUGGGCCACAUCUACUCGGGGACCUUUGCCCUGAUUGGUGCUGCAGCUUUCCUGGGUGGGAUUGUCAGAAUGACCAUCAGCCUCACAGUCAUCCUGAUCGAGUCCACCAACGAGAUCACCUACGGGCUUCCCAUCAUGAUCACUCUGAUGGUGGCCAAGUGGACAGGGGACUUCUUCAACAAGGGCAUUUACGACAUCCAUGUGGGCCUGCGUGGCGUGCCGCUCCUGGAGUGGGAAACGGAGGUAGAGAUGGACAAGUUGAGAGCCAGUGACAUCAUGGAGCCCAACCUGACCUACGUCUACCCACACACCCGCAUCCAGUCUCUGGUCAGCAUCCUGCGCACCACGGUCCACCACGCCUUCCCGGUAGUCACAGAGAACCGGGGCAAUGAGAAGGAGUUCAUGAAGGGCAACCAGCUCAUCAGUAACAACAUCAAGUUCAAGAAAUCCAGCAUCCUCACGCGGGCAGGCGAGCAGCGCAGGCGGAGCCAGUCCAUGAAGUCCUACCCAUCCAGUGAGCUGCGGCACGUGUGCGACGAGCAUGUGGCCCCCGAGGAGCCGGCCGAGAAGGAGGACCUCCUGCAGCAGAUGCUUGAGAGGAGAUACACUCCCUACCCCAACCUGUACCCCGACCAGUCCCCGAGCGAAGACUGGACCAUGGAGGAGCGCUUCCGCCCCCUGACCUUCCACGGCCUCAUCCUGCGGUCGCAGCUCGUCACCCUGCUCGUGCGAGGGGUUUGUUAUUCUGAAAGUCAGUCGAGUGCCAACCAGCCACGCCUGUCCUAUGCUGAAAUGGCUGAGGAUUACCCACGGUACCCUGACAUCCACGACCUGGACCUGACGUUGCUAAACCCGCGGAUGAUUGUGGACGUCACCCCAUACAUGAACCCUUCGCCCUUCGCCGUCUCGCCCAACACCCAUGUCUCCCAGGUCUUCAACCUGUUCAGAACGAUGGGCCUGCGCCACUUGCCUGUGGUGAACGCAGUGGGGGAGAUCGUGGGGAUCAUCACACGGCACAACCUGACCUAUGAGUUCCUGCAGGCCCGCCUGAGGCAGCACUACCAGACCAUCUGACAGACAACGCCCCCUCUCCCGGGCCACUGGGAAGGGGCUUGCUCUCACUCCAGCCCCGGGGACUCUCCCAGGGCACAGAAGAUUCUCAGUCACCUGCUCACUAGGAAAGCCGGGAGUCAUUGAACACUUUGUUAUGACAAAGUGAGAGAUCCUGGGGGUGGUUUUGACCCGCCAGAGCUCAUCUAAGCUUGGCCUUUUCUAACUUCCCCAGCAAUUAUCUCCCCGGUUCCUGUUCCCUGUGGCUCUACCAUCAGUGUUGGCACAACCUGCCCCAGGCCCUGCAGGAGCCAGGACCAAAGGUAGACCAGGCGAACCCCCAGGUGACAUCCGAGCAGCCUUCCUGCCCAUCUUUGCUGCUUCCCUAGAGAGCCCAGCUGUUGCCUUAAGCGUAUGGGAGGGGCUUUGGCCAAGGCAAACGCUGGGAGAUGCCCAUUGCAAAAUUCAGCCAGUGACCAGAUUUAGGGAUUGGGCACUGAGAAAAUUCCCCACGUUUCGGGGAAGACUUCCUUCAUUGGGCUCUUAACUCAGUAUCCUCUAGUUCAUUUCAAGGGACACGUUCUGCUUCCUGGGUGUGGGCAAAUGCUUCGGUCUUGCCCUGUGGCUUGAAUCUCCUGAGAGCUACCACCCACCAGAAGCACAAGGCACUGGCAUCCCACCCCUCCUCUGAAUGGUCAAUCCGAUGGCAGAGUGGGGUAAUCUGAUGGCAGAGUGGGGCCAGUGUCUACCCUGGUCUUUAAUGUUUCUGCAUUUUCUUCAUCUGCAAAUCACUCAUGGUCUACUGGCAGCACAUUUCCACCCUGAUCACUUUGGUUCC